AAAAUAUUUUUUUUGAUUUUAAUAAUUUUUUAUUUAAUUUAUAGUUAUGAUGUAAGAAGAAUAAUUUUAUUUUUGAAUGAUGUAAUUUUUGAGAUAAAAGGAAAAAUGUUUAAUUAUGAUUUUAGGUUAACUUACGUUUAUUUAAAAUUUAGGGUUUUAAUUUUUUUUAUAAUUUUAUAUUUAUUAUUUGUGUUAAUUUUGGUAGUUAAAAUUUUAUUAUUCUACAAAACUAAAACAAUACGACAAAUAUUAUAAUGAAAAUUUUUAGGAGGGCAAUAAGGUUAAAAAAAGAAUUAUUAUAUUUACCUACCCCUGUAAAUAUUAAUAUUAUAUGAAAUUUUGGAUUUUUGUUAGGCAUAUGUCUAUCAAUUCAAUUAAUUAGAGGAGUAUUUCUUUCUAUACAUUAUAAUGCAAGUGUCGAGUUAGCUUUUAAUAGGGUAAUUCAUAUUAUGCAUGAUGUUAAUGGGGGGUGGUUGAUUCGGUUAAUUCAUAUAAAUGGGGCUUCAUUAUUUUUUAUGUGUUUAUUAAUUCAUAUUGGGCGAGGUUUAUACAUAAAUUCAUUUUUAUUAUUUUAUCCUUGAUUAAGAGGGAGAUUAAUAUUUUUAAUAUUAAUGGGGGUAGCUUUUUUAGGGUAUGUUUUACCUUGGGGUCAAAUAUCAUUUUGGGGAGCAACAGUUAUUACAAAUUUAUUAUCAGCUAUUCCUUUUUUUGGUAAUGAGAUUGUGGUGUGGUUAUGAGGAGGGUUUAGAGUAGGGGGAGCUACUUUAAGACGAUUUUAUAGAUUACAUUUUAUUUUACCUUUUUUAAUUUUAGUAAUUGUUUUAUUUCACUUAUUUAGGUUACAUUCAACAGGGUCAAGGAACCCAUUAGGAGUAGUAGGAAAUUUAAAUAAAAUUCCUUUUCAUAAUUAUUAUUUAAUUAAGGAUAGAUUAGUUUUAAUUUUUAUAUUAAUAUUUUUAUUAAUUUUGGUAUUUUUAUUUCCAUAUUUAUUAGGGGAUCCUGAAAAUUUUAAUGUUGCAAAUUCAAUGGUUACUCCUAUUCAUAUUCAACCAGAAUGAUAUUUUUUAUUUGCUUAUGCAAUUUUACGUUCAAUUCCAAAUAAAUUAGGAGGUGUAAUUGCAUUAUUUUUAUCUGUAAGGAUUUUAAUAAUUUUACCUUUUUUUACUAUAAUAAAAUUUCAAAGGUUAAGUAUGUACCCAUUGAAUCAGUUUUUAUAUUGAAUAUUUAUUAAUGUUUUUAUUUUAUUAACUUGAAUUGGAAUAAAACCUAUUGAAUCUCCUUUUAUGGAGUUUGGGCAGAUUCUUACAGUAUUAUAUUUUAUAUAUUUUUUAAUUAAUUUUUUUUUUUUAAAAUAUUGGGAAGGGGUGAUUGAAUAAGUUUUAUAGUUUAAAAAAAAUUUUAAAUUGCAAGUUUAAAGAUUUUAGUUAUAAAUAAAACUUUAUUAAAGUUAAUUUAUAUUUAAUAUUAAUUUAUAAGUUUAAUAUAAUAUAUAAUUUAUUAAAAAAAUUUUUAUUAAAUGAAUAAAUUUUAGUUUAAUUAAUAAGAUUAUUAUAAUUUAAGAAAUUAUUAUUUUGUAAAAUUUUUAUUAUCAAUUAAUGGAGUGCCAGCAAUAGCGGUUAGACUUUUAGAUAGAAAAUUAAUUUAUUUUUAGUUAAAUUAAGUUAAUAAAAUUUAAUAAAUUUAUUUAAAUUAAUAAUUUUUUAGUGGUAUAUAAAUUAUUUAAAAAGUAUGUUUAUUAAAAUUUUAAUAUUAAAUUAUAAUAAAUAAGUUUAGACUAGGAUUAGAUACCCUAUUAUAAUAUUUUUUAAAUAAGUAAUUAAUAAAGUAAAUUAAAAUUGAAAUAAAUAGAUAUGACGGUAUUUUAAUUAAUUUAGAGGAAUCUGACGUUUAAUUUGAUGAACCACGAUAAGAAAUACUUAAUGUUUUUAUUUUUGUAUAUUUUUGUUGAGAAAAGUUUUUAUUAAAAUAAUUUUAAAUUUGUUUAAUUUAUUUUAUAAUUUUAUUCAAAUCAAUAUGUAAUUAAAUUAAGAAUUAGUUGAAUUACAAUAAAUUAAAUUUAAAUAUUUUAAUUUUAAUAUUAAAAUUAAAUAGGAUUUAAAAGUAAAAUUAAAUAAUUUUUUAGUUUGAAUAUUAAUAUUAAAAUAUGUACAAAUCGCCCGUCAAUUUAAUCAAUUAUUAAACAUAGUUAGGUUAAGUAAGUCGUAACAAAGUAAAUGUACCGGAAGGUGUAUUUAGAUUAAAUAGAAAAUUAAUUUUGAAUUUAUAUUUGGGUUUGUAAUUUUUUUAUAAUUAAAAUAAUUUUAAAAAAUCUUUUUUAGUAAAUUUUUUAAAAAAAAAAAUAAAAUGAUAGUUAUAAUUAUUGUAAAAGAAAAUAAAAAUUAAUAAAAAUAUAAUUUAAUUUAUUUUACCUUUUGUAUUAGGGUUAAUUAAAAAUUUUUAUUUAAGUUAAAUUUUUCGAAAUUAAUAGGGAUAAAAUUUUAUAGAGUUAAAGUAAUAAAUUUAUUUAAAAUAAAAUUUUUGUAAUUAAAUGUUAGUCGAGAUUAAUGAUAUCUAAUUAAUUAAUAAAUGAAUUUAAUUCAUAAAUUUAAGUAUCAUAUAUUUAUAUUUUUAAAGUAGGUGUAAAUUUAAAUUUAAAUAUUUUAAAGGAUAAAUUUUAAAGUAAAGUUAAAAAUUUUAAUUUAAUUAAAUUUAUAUAAUAUAAUUUAAAAUUUUAAUUUUUUAAAAAAAUGUAAUAAUUUAUUUUUUAAAUUAAAUUGAUUUAAGUAAAAUUUUAAUUAAAAUUAUUAAUUUAUAAUUUUAAAUAUUAAAAAGUUAAAAAUAAUGAUUAAAUUAGUAAAAAAAUUUUAUAGUGUAAUUAAAAUUAAAUAAAGUAAUUUUAAUGAAUUCGGCAAGUUGAAUAUUUACCUGUUUAUUAAAAACAUGUCUUUUAAAAUUUAAUUAAAAGUCUAGUCUGCUCAAUGAAAAUUUUUAAAUAGCUGCAAUAUUCUAAUUGUACAAAGGUAGCAUAGUAAAAAGUUUUUUAAUUGGAAAAUUGAAUGAAAGAUUGGAUAAAAUAUUAACUUUAUUAAAAUUAAAAUAAUUAAAUUUUAUAUUUAAGUAAAAAAUCUUAAAAUUAAUUAAUAGACGAGAAGUCCCUAUAAAAUUUUAUAAAUUAAUUUUAAUAUAAUUUAUUAAUUUUUAUUAUAAAUUAAAUUUAUUUAAUUGGGGACAUUAAAAAAAUUUAAAUUUUUUUUAUUAAAUAAUAUAUAAAUAAAUAUAAUUUUAAAGAGUGUUAAAUUUUAAAUUAUUAGAUUAAGUUACUUUAGGGAUAACAGCAUAAUAUUUUUGGAGAGAUCUUAUUGAUAAAAAUGUUUAUGACCUCGAUGUUGAAUUAAGGUAAAUAUUAAAAGGAGAGUUUUAAUAAUUAAGUCUGUUCGACUUUUAAAAUCUUACAUGAUUUGAGUUAAAAUCGGUGUAAGCCAGAUUGGUUUCUAUCUUUAAUAAAAUUUUUAAUAUUUGUACGAAAGGACUUUAUUAAGGGUUAGUUUAAUAAUUUUUUUAAAUUUAAUAAAAAUAAAUUAAAUUUAAA